AGUUCACAAUCGCAGUCCGAAUGAGCUCUUCAACGUCGCUGUAUCAAAAACAGUGUCAGUUUGUGUUGAUUCGCGCCCAUUCUAGUUAAAUAGAAUUUUGUGUGAAAUUUUUCAAUUUUGUCUUGGAAAAAAGCAGAAGAAGCAAAAUGUAUAAUUAAAUUUGAUUGCAGUUGCGUGUGAUCAAAAAUAUUUGAUAUACCAAACGAAACGGUGACAUUUGAUAUACCAAAUGAUGGAUGAAAAAAGUGGUACAAAUCAAGAUUCAGGUUCGCCCGACUCAAUUCGUGAUGAAGACCGACAUUUAUUAACGCUUUCGCCGAAAGUACAGCUUUGGCCAAAUACGCCAGUUACGCCGAAUCCAUAUGACACACUACCUUCACCGGGAGCCUAUUAUACAACAAUUCAAUCGACCAGCUCACGGAGAAGCCGAAAUUAUCGUCCAGGAAGCUAUAGAAAAAUAAGACGACGAGCAGUUCUGAAGAAUGGUGAAUGUAAUGUGGUUCCAAAGAAAAUUUCAAGAAGAAGGCGACGAUUUCUACAAGAUAUUUUCACAACACUCGUCGACUCACAGUGGCGAUGGACCCUAAUUGUGUUUGCUCUGGGAUUUAUUCUCUCCUGGCUUCUUUUUGCGAUAAUAUAUUGGCUCAUUGCGGUCACUCACGGUGAUUUAGAAGCAAAUCACUUACCUGCGAACCAAAUUGCAAGUAAUUGGAUUCCAUGUGUGGUAAAUAUAAAUAAUUUUGCAUCAUGCUUACUGUUCUCUAUCGAGACACAGCACACUAUAGGCUAUGGUGGUCGUGCAACUACGGAGGAGUGCCCCGAAGCAAUAUUUAUUAUGAGUUUUCAAUCAAUUUUUGGUGUAUUUGUGCAAGCAUUUAUGGCUGGUAUUGUCUUUGCAAAAAUGACUCGCCCAAAGCAACGAACACAAACUUUGCUCUUUUCAAAGUACGCAGUGGUUUGUCAAAGAGAUGACAAUUUGGUUUUAAUGUUCCGUGUGGGUGAUAUUCGAAAGAGUCAUAUAAUUGGUGCAAAUAUUCGAGCUCAAUUGAUAAGGUCACAUUCGACAAAAGAGGGCGAAUUAAAUCCACAGUAUAUAACUGAAUUGGACAUUGGAACGGAUGGCUGUGCAUCAGACCUGUUCUUCAUUUGGCCGAUGGUUGUUGUCCAUCGAAUCGAUGAAACAUCGCCAUUUUACAACAUGUCGGCGGCGGACAUGUUACACGAGAAAUUUGAAAUUGUUGUGAUAUUAGAGGGUACGAUUGAAUCAACUGGUCAGACGACUCAAGCACGUUCAAGCUAUUUAAAUAUGGAGGUCUUAUGGGGUCACCGUUUCCUUCCGGUCGUUGGAUUCAACAAUGAACGCCAAGGCUAUGACAUCGAUUACUCCAAAUUUAAUGAAACACUUCCAGUCGAUACUCCGCUUUGCUCUGCACAUGAAUUGGCCGAAUUUUAUAAAAGACAAGAAGAUAUGCAAACUCCCAAAUCAUUUGGGUCAUUGCCUUCUUCGUAUCGUAUGAUUAUACCAACUAGAGAGUGUGGAAGUGAAAUUUUCAACUAUGUCCGACCAAAGUCCUUAUCACCAGUCUUACCAGCAUUUCCAGAAAAUCCAAAUUGGACCGAACAGUACCCCAGUUCGGAAUCAAAUUUACCGCGGCAUCGACGAGACCCAUGCAAAACCAACGAUACGCCCAUCUCAAAUGAUUCGUCCAAUGAAUCUGAUGUACGAGAAAGUGUAUAGCUCAAACUGGCUCAUAUUUCCUAAAGUUUUUGAAAACACUAAAAUAAAAUAUUAUAUUCGAUUGAUGAAAACAGA